AUGAUACCGCUCUCUGUUGCUAGAGGUGCAUUCCCUCCUGCGGGGGCGCGCACGUCGUCUGUCAAGGCAGGACAUAUCGAGAUCAAGGAUGGUGAACACUUGAUUUUUGUCAACAACAUCUUCCCCCCCAAGCUACAAUGGUUGCUCCGGAUACCGCUGAGAGGUACUCGGUCCUUCGAAGAUGCACUGAAAAGGAUCGAUAGACCGCAUAUCGCAGCGUCGGACCCCGUGAGUAUUAUCAGACGGGCCUUGCCGGAAAAGCUGCCGCUAGAGAUCAAGGAUAUCGUGCCUCGGGUGCAUGAAGGGGGAGCGUUCGUCAAGUACUCGCAUGGCGCUGAGGUCGACAGCACCCAGGUGGAGGAUGCGAUCAGGGCCCAUCUGGCAGAGCAUCCCAUCCGGCCGUGGUUCAAUCCCUUCCAGUCUGUUGAAGCUGCUCGCGUUCUUGGCAGACCAUGGAUCGAAGAUCUCUAUCGGAUCCCCAGCCAGCGGCUCAAGAUCGAGUUCUUACCGACGACUCCGGAGUCGUCAGCCGCCGAGCUGACGCAGGAGACUCUGUACUCACUGCUGCGGCCGUAUGGGAAGCUGAAAACUAUCGAGAGACAGCCAUCUGAUUCUAAAGUCGUCCCCCGAUACGCUUAUGUGGAGUUCAGGCGGCCCAAGUAUGCGGUUAUGGCGCGCAACUGCCUGCAUGGGUUCGUCUUGCCGGAGACGGAUGGGGGUGGGAAAUCUGGAACAAAACUGAAACUCCAAUACGAACGUAAGAUCAAGCUGUCGAUGAUUAAUAACUGGCUGCUCAGUCAUCCGCGCAUUGUCCUCCCCAUCCUCGCCGCCAUUGUCGCCACCAUCACCGUCAUCAUCUUCGACCCCAUUCGCACGUUCUUUAUCAGGCUGAAGAUCAAGGCCAGCGCACAGUCGGAAGGAAAUGCCAUCCUCCGGUGGGUCCAGAAACAGAUGAGCAAAGCCAGCUUCCGUUUUGGGCAUCAUGGAAAAAGCGAAGUCCGCGGUCUCAUGGCCAUCUGGGAGAACCUUCAAACAGAGAUCUCUCAAUUGCAGGCGUGGUUGACAGAAAACGUCGAAACAUUUAUAGUUGUUCAGGGACCGCGGGGGUCUGGAAAGCGUGAGCUAGUGCUAGAUCAGACGCUCAAGGACCGCAAGUACAAGAUCGUGAUCGAUUGCAAGCAGAUCCAGGAUGCAAGAGGAGACGCUGCCAAAAUUACCAAGGCGGCAGCCCAGGUCGGUUAUCGCCCGGUUUUCUCCUGGAUGAACAGUAUCAGCAGCUUCAUCGACCUUGCCGCGCAGGGCAUGAUUGGAACCAAGGCCGGUUUCUCGGAGACACUGGAUGUCCAGCUCAGCAAGAUCUGGCAGAGCACCGCCACUGCUCUCAAACAAGUUGCUCUCGAGGACCAUAAAAAGGACGAGAAAGGAGCGCACCUGACCGAGGAAGAGUAUCUCGACUCACACCCGGAAAAGCGCCCCGUCGUUGUUAUCGACAACUAUCUCCACAAUGCAAGCGAGGACGACGUCGUUUACGCCAAGAUCACCGAGUGGGCAGCGGGUUUGACAGCUGGGAACAUCGCUCACGUCAUUUUCCUGACCACCGAUAUAUCGUUUGCGAAGCCACUCAGCAAGGCGCUGCCGAACCAGGUCUUCCGCAGCAUCUCACUGGGUGACUGCUCGCUUGAUGUUGGGAGGCGGUUCGUGCUCAAUCAUCUGGAACGUGAGAUAGCAGACGAGAGCCCGGACCCGCAGGAUUCCAGCAAACUGGAAGAUCUUGAUGCCUGUAUUGAAGCCCUAGGUGGGCGUGUGACUGAUCUUGAAUUCAUGGCGCAGCGUAUCAAAGUGGGCGACACGCCUCGAGGCGCUGUCAACCGAAUCAUCGACCAAUCUGCCUCGGAGAUUUUGAAAUCGUUCAUCCUUGACACCGCGGCCGAUAACUCCCAACAUCAGUGGACGCGAGAGCAGGUCUGGCAUCUGAUCAAGGCUCUUGCUCACACCAAAUCCGGAGUCAUGUCCUAUAAUCAGAUCAUUCUCUCUGAUCUAUUCAAGGAUAACGGUGAAGGUACCCUCCGUAGCCUGGAGCAAGCCGAACUCAUCAGCAUCAUCUCUGUCGACGGUUCCCCGCGUUGGAUCAAACCAGGCAAACCGAUCUUCCAAGCCGUCUUCCAGCGGCUGACCGAGAACAAAGCGCUAAGCACGCGAUUGGACCUGGCCAUCCUCGCACAGCUCAUCAGCAAGCAGAACAAGAGCAUCGCGACGUACGAGGAGGAACUCAAGCUGCUCGGUCAGCUGCCAAAACAGCCCCGGGAGCUGCAAUUGCGGAUUCAAUGGUUGUUAAACAAGGUCUACGCUGCCCAGAAUAAGAUCGCGAAGUAUGAGGAUGAGGGUUCUGGAUUGGAGAAAACUGCCGUGGCCGUUGUGGUCUUCUCGUGCAUCGCAACCCGCAUCCUCUCCGGCUUGCAGAGCAGGUCGACAACAGUACAGACGGGGAAUAAUGACGAUACUCGAAACGUGUCAGUCGCUCCGUACUGGAUUCCAUGGGUUGGUCAUGCACCUUUCGUUGCCUGGAAUCCUUUAUAUUUCAUUUCGAGGACAUGGCGCUCAGUAAAAGAACCCGUGUUUGGGUUAUAUAUGGGUGGUGUCAAGCAGAACGUGGUUCUGUCACCGCCAAUGAUCGACUCUGUUCUGCUCUCUCGAGACGUCUCCAGCGAUUCAACGACGAAGUAUAUCCUGGAGAAAGUCUUCGGGGACCGUGGCACGCAGCGGCGGCUGAAGCCCGAGGAUUCGCAUGCCAUCCACCAAAAGAUUCCUAGCCAGUUCAUGCGAGAGCCAUUCCUCUCCGAUGCGUCAACGUCGCUGGUUCGUCUGAUCGAACGGGAGACGCCGAAUCUGGUAGGGUUCUGCCAGAGUAUGGUCGACCAGGCUAUCUGGGAGCGAUGCAGUCAAGUAAUUGUCCCGGACGAUGCGGCGGAUUCGCUGGUCUGCGAAGCUAAUAUGUUCUCUCUCGUCCGAAAUUUUGUCGGCCACCUUACCUCGACCGUUUUCAUGGGCCAGGCAUUUGUCGAGACCUUCCCGGGAUUUCUUGGGGAUCUCUGGACGUUAGACAACCAUGCGGUCGCCCUCUCGAUGGGAGUGCCCUUCUGGAUUCCGCUGCCGGGCGUGUCGGGCGCGUUUACGGCUCGUGAGCGCCUGCUUCGCUCUCUGACUUCGUUUCACCAGGCGUUUAUCCAAUGGGACGACGGGAGAAACCCGGGAUUCGAACUGAGUGACUUGGACGACGUCUCAGAGCCGAUCAAGGAGCGUAUCCGGGCGUUCAGAGACCUGGGUCUCAGCCCCCGCGAAAGCGCCCCGGCACACUUGUCUCUGCUGUGGGCGAUGAACGCCAAUAUCGCGCCCAUGGUAUUCUGGACCUUGUUGCGGAUCUUGGCCGACCCGGACCUUUUCGUCCAGAUCAGAGAGGAGGUGGCGCCGUUUGCCAAGGCUUCUCGUCUCACUCGCGAAGAAACGGGGUUUCCCUUCCAGGAACCGCCUCGGAUUUCUAUCGAUCUGGACGCGCUACUUAGCUCCUGUCCCUUGCUCCGGGCUAGUUGCUACGAGGCUCUCCGGCUCGACUGUGCUCCGCUCUCGUUCCGCGAGCUCACGGCGGAUGUUACCAUCAGGGAACCCGAAGAGGACGCCUUCAUGAACUGUUCGCCGCAGGGGCCUCGCCAGUACCGACUCCCGAAGGGAGAGUACGUCAUUAUCCCACAUGGCGUGCACCAGAACGAUAGCGCCUACUUUGCUGAUCCAACAAAGUACGACCCGUCGCGCUUCAUCGUUACCGAUCCCGAUACCCAGGAAAAGAAGGCGGACCCGCGCACCGUCCGCCCUUUCAGCGGCGGCGUAUUGAAUUUCAAACUUCAGCAGUUCUCAGAGCGGGAGCUGCUGGCGUUUGUCGCUGCGAUUCUUCUAAUGUGGGAUAUUGAGCCCGUGGGUGGGAAGAAAUGGGCCAUCCCAGGCCAUAAGGUGGCUACUGGUGCAUUUCUUCCGAGUAGAGAGAUUCGAGUCAGGAUAAAAUCAAGAGUGUAGACUUAGUUCACUUUUAAGUACGGGAAGAUUUAAAGAUAACCAUCUAGUGAGAUUCUAUUUAUUUGUAUCUAUACUAAAGUAGAGUAGUUAAGUCAGAAUUCGUAAUUGUCU